GGGGGCGGGACCCAACCAGUCUAGUUAGUUAGCUAUUAGUUUAGUUAUUAUGGAUAAUCUGUGCUAUAACAUACAGUAGUGAUGGGGAAACGAAGCUUCAUGAAGCAUUUAGCAUUUCCAGUCGAUUGUGUGGAAAAUAGGUUAAUUACGCGAGGCUUUGAUCAACAGGUUGUACACUAGUGGCACCUCCUGGUCAAAAUAAUUUAGAACAGCCAAAUUAUUAUAGUUUACUUCGCACACGCCGCAGCGCGUGCUCAGGGUAGCCACAGAUAACAUAUUUGGGGUGGCUUUUUUGGCUUUUAACGAAACCUAUGGAUCAGGUGGUUGUUCGACAAAACGAAGCUUCAGACGCCAUUGAUCACGUGCUUCUGACAAAGCAAUACAGUACAAGCGUCAGCACACUGCUUCGAAAAAAACUGAUUAGCGAUUUCUACGCAUGUCUCGGAGUUCCGGUAUAAAUCAUGACAUCACUAAUAUACAUUAGCUACCUGUCUUUUUUUACCCAUGUAUACAGUUCUAGGAGAGAUAGCUAGGAUGUUUGUAACUAGUUGAUUUGUUGACGCACAACAAAAAACAACGUUCGGAAAGUGGAGGAAGAUCCCUGACUCUCUGGGCACUGGUGUGAUCUGGAGGCUAAAUCCCAGUCUUUCCAUUAUAGUGAACCAAACUGGGAAACAAGUGGGGCAGCUCAUCCAUAGAAGACUGGCUGUGAACUCUGGGACUGGUACCGAUAAGGGAAGGGGGGUUGAUUUUCCAGUGUUCAGUUGAUGUUGUUGCAGCUAUGUCAGAAGCCAUCCUCACCUUCCAGUACCAACUCAAUGGAGUCAUGGAAACGGUCCUCAAAACCGCCGUGCAUGAGAUCACUCGGCUGGUGAAGGACAGCUUCCUGGAGGAAGUGACACGGAGCAAGCAGGAAGUGGACGUCUUGAAGGAGAGGCUGCAGCAGUGUGAGCAGAGAUGGAGGGACGGAGAGGAAGAGAGGAAGAGGAGGGAAGUUGAAGAGAAAGAGCAGAGAAAGAAGAGGGAAGAGAGAGAGCAGAGGGGGAUGUGUAGGAGAUGUGGUUGUGCUGGAGACACUGAGGAGAGAGAAGAGGCUCUGUCAGGAGCAGAGGAAGGUUUUGUUAUCAAACAGGAGAUGUUCCAGCCAGAUGGACCCAGCGCGAGAGAGGGUCCACAGGAAACGGCCACACCCAGCUCUUCCUGUGUCUCUGAGAGGAUGGUAGAGAGGGAUGCCCAUGUGGUCCAUAUCAAAGAGGAGCCCAAUGACUGGGGGGACUUGGUAAACCAGAUGGUCACAUCCACAGAUUCCCCCAUAAUGAGCCUGAGUCGUCUGCAGAGAUUGAGCUCAAAUCCUGGGGCAUGGACCAGUGAGCCUCAGCCUCCACCUCCACUCCCAGCACCAUGGGCCAGUGAGCCUCAUCCUCCAGCAACAUGGGCCAGAGAACCUCUACCUCCAGCACCAUUGGUCAGGGAGCCUCCACCUCUACCUCCAACACCAUGGACCAGGAAGGAGCAACACUUACUCCCAAGGUCAGUGAUACCCACUCAGGGGACAGAGCAUGCUAUGAGGGCCCUCGAGACAAGCCCCAACGGCCUGAGCCUCAACACAACGGCACAGCUGAGGGUCAAACCCUACAGCUGCCCACACUGUGGGAAGAGCUUCCCUCAGCUCCGAAACCUGAAAGACCACCAGAAAUACCACCACACAGGGAAGAAGGCCUUCACCUGCUCCCAGUGCGGGAAGGGCUUUGUGUACAUGUGCCACCUCAGGGUACACAUGCAGUGCCACACAGGGGAGAGGCCGUUCAGCUGCUCUCAGUGUGGGAAGAGCUUCAGCCUUCAGAGCGGCUUGAAGAGACACAGGGUCAUUCACACUGCAGAGAGGCCUUACCACUGCACGGACUGUGGGAACAGAUUCUAUUCUAGAUCGGACCUGAAAAGACAUGAACACAUCCAGUGCAAGGUAGACCUUUGAGAAGGAGCAGGUUAAUUUGGAAAAUCAGAGGGGGGAAAUAGUACACCUGGGCAGUUAUGUUCAAUGUAUUGUUGCUGAUGCAUUUCAUGUUGAGAGGAAUAAAACACAUUAUGAAGAAA